AUGGCAGACUUCUUUCGCGACACGACAAUUGGACAGACGGUCCGUCUCCUAUCUGGAAAGAGACUGUUCCUUCAUCCCGAAGAGAAGCCAGGAUUCGUCCUGCCUCCCGAGUACCAGCUCUCACUCAAUAAUGAAGAAAAGCUUGCUGCAAGAGGAUCCAGUCCCGCAUCCACAUUGCAGAAUAGCGAUGCCGAUGUCGAGGCUCACAGAAGCUCAGUGGACGCCGCUGGCAUUGAACUUUACAAGACAAAGUCGGUCCCAAUCGCCCCGUACUCUACCGACGAUCCUGCAAAUCCCCAGAACUGGUCCACCGGGAGGAGAGCAUGGGUCGUCAUUGUCAUGAGCUUAUACACCAUGAUUGCAUACAUGGCUGGUUCGCUCUACGCAACUUCAGAGGCUGGUGUUCAGAAACACUUUGGCGUGGGAAACCAAACUGUACUCCUCGGUCUCUCAAUGUUUGUUCUGGCAUAUGGUGUUGGGCCCCUGUUCUUUGGUCCCAUUACAGAGAUUCCGGCUGUCGGUAGAGGUUGGGUGUAUUCGCUCUCGUUCAUUGUCACCUUUGCCCUCAGCUUUCCUACCGCUACCGUCAACAGCUUUGAUGGAUUGAUUGCCCUGCGAUUUUUCCAGGGCUUCUUUGGCAGUGUUGGUAUUGCUAUUGGCGGUGCCAGUGUCGGAGAUGUCGUCCCCUUUCUGUAUUUCCCGUAUGGUCUGGUGGCGUGGAUCUUGGCCUUUUGGUGGGCUCCUCCUAUCGGAACCGUGAGCGGUGGCUACGCUGCUAUGGCACAUGGCUGGCGAUGGCCUAUGUGGUUGAUCACCUGGUGGUCAGCGCCCAUGUUGCUGAUGCUUCUAUUCCUUACGCCAGAGACAUCCCCUUCCAAUAUCUUGCUCAGACGUGCGCAGCGCCUUCGAGCCCUUACCAGCGAUUCACGACUCCAGUCUCAGGGUGAACUUGACCAACGUGGCAUGACUGCUGCAAGCAUUGUGAUGGAGACUCUCAUCCGACCCUUUGAGAUUGCCAUCAAGGAUCCCGCUGUUGCCUAUGUCCACUUGUAUACCGCCUUCUUCUACGGCGUCUUCUUCUGCUUCUUUGAAGUCUUUCCUCUCGUCUUCAUCCCCGUCUACGGCUUCAACCUUGGAGAAAUCGGCCUGGUCUUCCAGUGCUGCGGUAUUGGCGCCACAAUUGGCACAGUCUUCUACUUCCUCUUCCUGCGCUAUUACAUGAUUCCCGAUAACGUCAAGAACGGCUUCGACAACCACGAGCAGCGUCUGAUUCCUGCUCUUGCUGGUUCUGUUCUGACUCCCAUCGGCCUCUUCAUCUUUGCCUGGACUCAUUAUGCCCAUAUCCACUGGAUUGCUCCAAUGAUUGGCGUUGUCACGUUCUGCGUUGGAAUGUUCUGGAUCAUCAUGGCGCUCUUUACCUAUGUGCCAGUUUCGUAUACGCAGUACACGGCUUCCAUCUACACAUCCAACGGCAUUGCUAGAUCCAUAAUUGCGUGCUCGGCAGUCCACAUUGCACGGCCUCUGUUUAUCAAUGUCGGAACUCACAAAGGUGUGACUAUCCUUGCGUGUCUGAAUGUGCUUGGAAUUCCGGCGACAUGGUACAUUUACAAGAAGGGUGCUCAGCUUCGAGCCAAGUCCAAGUUUGCCCAGGGCUAA